AUGCGCCGUACGCCAAUCGGAGUUGCUGUUUCUAAUAAAGAAAAGACUGAUGAUAUUCAAAGUAUUAUUAUUGCGGGAAGAACAGGCAGUGGUAAAUCAACUUUAGCAAAUGUUCUAUCAAAUAAUAACAAAUUUGCUGAAGUAGCUGGGAGCACCAGUGGAACAAAAAGAAUUCAAAGUGAAAUCUUUGAGUGGAAAGGAAAUAAAUAUCGUGUAAUUGAUACAGUCGGAAUAGGUGAUACCGCUGAAUUAUCGAAUGAUGAAAAAAUGUCACUUUUUCUAGAACUACUUGAAAUAGUUAGAAAGCACAAUGUUGUACAGAUAAUUUUUGUUUACAAAGACCGUUUUGAAGAGUAUCAGAUAAAAGCUUUAGAAAAAGUUAACACCCUUUUCAAAAUAUAUGGGUCAAACUCUAUAUCUAAACAUAUUGCUUUAGUUUGUACAAAUUUUGACCAGUUUGAAAAUAAAAAAGCAUGUGACCAAGACAUUAAAAAGCUACACGGGGAAUGUAAAAACAAAAGUGCUGCUGAAUUAAUUAAGAAUUGUAAGCACAUUCAUGUAGAUAACCCAUCAAUUUGCUCACCUCACUAUAGGGAUGGUGCAAUACGUGCCCGGCAAUCUUCAAGAAAGAAGUUACUUAAUUACUUGGCGCCGAUUCUUUCUGUAGAAGGUAUUAAGAUUGAAAAUGCAUUUGGUGCUACAAACGUUAGGGAUCAGGACAUAUAUGAUUGUUUUUAA